UUGGGGUACGGAAAACGGUCACAGAUUUUCACAGACAGGUUUUGGGUUUGAUCACAGAUUUUUGAAAAAAUGACCUGGCAUCCUUGCGUCGAGCUGGGCGCGAAUUUUACUGUUGUUGAAAUAGUUGAUUAUACUAUUCGAUUUAAGAAUAAAUAUUAUAAGCGUAGUUUUACAAACCAUAUUUAUUCUCCAAAAAUUGACGUAUUCUGCAAUCAAAGCGCUGAGAAUAGAUUUCAGUGUGUUAAAUAUGGCACCUCGCCGUAAACGUGGUUCUUCAAAAACGGAGGUUCCUGUUCCCAUCAAGAAAAUUUCGAAGGAUCCAGAACUCGACAACAAAUUGGAUAAACCACCUACAGAUAGUUUGAAUGAGAAUGGACCUAUUAUUUUCAUUGAACAUUGCAAAUCAUGACAAGUGUUUAAGCGCAAGGCAACACAGAUCCACGCAGAACUGUGUCAGCUUGUGCCAGAACAAUCACUUGGGUUAGUGUUAAAUGAAAAUGGUAAACCACGCCGAGGGGCAUUUGAAAUCGCUGUUGCCAAAGCUAGAAACACAGAACAAGUGCUCGUGUGGUCUGGCCUGCCGAAAGGUCCGCCACGCAAGGACAAGUUUCCGGAUGCGAAAAAACUGCUCUCGGAUGUUCUGAAAGUCAUAGAAUAAAAGUGGCAUAUACUGGAUAGCGUCGAUUAUGGGUUUUACUUAUAAUUUAUUUCAAGUUCUGCUGUAUGAAAAUGCGGGGAGAAACCGACAUCGGAUUUCUGUGUUUGAAGUGUGCAGAACAGAAAUUGGUUAUAAGUGAUUUCAAAAGAGAUUUGUCCUAUUGCCUUUAUCUUUUUAAUUAAUAAACAAAGAAAUUUUGAA